UUGUUGUAAAUGCAUCGAGGAGAGGGCGUGGCGAAACAGCCAACCGCGGGAGUGAAAGCAGAGUAAUACCACUAUGAAACAGUCUCCCCUGUUAUCAACAUUUGGACCAUAGCUCGGUGAUAACGUGUUGGAUAAGCAUCGUUUUCCACGGAAUAAAAUAAGACUAUAUGGUUUGAAUGGGCUGACUUUUUUGAGAAUCGCAGCGGGAAACGUGGAAUGUCACAAACUGCAAGUGGACUUUCUUCCACAGCCAACGCAAGGACAAGCCGCUUGUUGGACACAUUCUGAUGUCAACAAGCCAUCGACAGUGCCUCAACUACAGACAGAUUUACAGUAAUCGCGAAUCAUCAGAUACAUCAAACUGCACCUGGUAUGGCCCGCCCCCAGAUGGAGAGUGGAGUGGACCACCAUGGCCGGGGCAGACAACACACCUGCAGCAUGCAAGUCCAGCGGCCAGACGCCUGGCCUGGUGGCAGCAACAACCCUCUCCAGGCUGCAUACCACCAGUCCUGCCAACUGCUCCCCAACAUGGACACCCAGCCCAGCCAGGGCUCUCCACCCCCCAACCCCAGAGAGAAGCCUCCCCACCCCCCAGUGCCCAUCCACUGGACACCCUCAGAAGAGCAAGCACAGACCCAGACAGAGAGCUCCAGGACACCACAGCCAGGGAUCCCCUCCCUGACCUGCUGCCCCAGAGAGAUCGCUCUCCCCAGGCUUCUCCCCAGCACAGAGCCCCUGGAGUAGCGGACCCGCGGUUGGACGACGAGGUGGUGGAAUUAGUGGCCAACCAGCUCAAGAGAAUCGGCGACGAUUUGAAUGCUACGAUCGUCCAGAGAAUGGGUGGCAUCCCCCAACGGCAGGGCUGGAGAGGCCUGUGUCUAGGAGUCCUCCGUUUCCUCUCGGAUACCCUCAGCAGUCUGCACCGACUGAGAUAAACUGACUCUGGAUCGGGAUUGGAUGCGCCGGAGCUCCCUACUGGACGAAUCACAGACUGCUUCAGAAUGGACUGAGUCCGCUGGAACGGACGGACCCCUUUUCUUUUGUCUCUUUUGUACAUCUUGUGUGUGUGUGUGUGUAUAUAUAUAUAUAUAUAUAUAUAUAUAUAUAUGUUUUUUUCAAUCUCUCGUUGGGACAGCUAUUGAUGUAGCAUUCUGACCCAGGUGGGUCUCCCAGACCGUGUGGUCUUGUGUGUGUGUUCCUAUCCUUCCUUGUAAACUGUGAAGCACAGUGCUGGGUGUCGUGGUGACGCGAAGGCUUUACUUGGUGAAGAGGCUAUGGCUCCUGUAUGUGUGUGUACAACUUCUUCCAACUGAGGCUAUGCUAGAAUGAGCAAUUCAACUGGCCUUGACAGUGUGGCUUGAUGCGGCUACUGAGGGGCCCGUGUAGAAUCCCCUGUAAGUCACACUAUGGCCUGAAUAAUAUAGCGAUAUAGUAUAUGGGAUCUGCUGUAGAGACACACUUGCGCUAUACAAUCAUUACUGUCUAGAACUAGGAUUUCCUCACUCCAAGAGCUCGGCCUAUAGUUUCCGACAAGACCAACUUGACUUGGUAAAAAAUGCCAGGGUUCUUCAGUUGUCCCCAUAGGAGUACCAUUUUUGGUUCAAGGUUGAACCCUUUUUGGUUCCAAGUAGAACCCUUUCCACGGAGGGUUCUACCUGGAACCAAGAAGGGUUCUUCAAAAGGUUCUCCUACGGGGACAGCCGAAGUACCCUAUCGCACUUUGUUUUUUAAAAGUGUAGUGGUGUAUAUAAAUUGAUAUGUUUGCUACUCUUCCCUUCGAACCUGAAUACAUUUCAUUGACUUUUCCAUCACUCCCUCCAGAAUGGCCUACUCUAUCACCGGGACAAUCAGCGGUUGGUGUGUGGGACCCUGGAUAGAGCAGUAGUUGACACACACACAUUCCUUACGCACACACACACACACACACUGGAACGGAACACUGUAUGCGUCAGUUACCAGACCAUCACCUCUAUUGGAGGCGCUGAGUUGAGCAGUAGCACUGUCGGACAAUCCCAUUAUUAUUACCAGUGUUAAAUUGUUUGUAUAUAUUUGUUUUGGGAGAUGAUGGCAUGGUUUGGAGGUUGAUAGUAGGAGCCAGUAACAAGCCAUCAUGGUUAUUUCGCUGUCUGAAGAACUGUUAUUAUUGGAUGAGAGUCAAUGAGCUUUAAAAGUACUUCAAUUGUAAGUUCUCUGUUUGUGUUUGAAAUCUGCCAUGUGUGCAGUUGUUUUUGUCUUUGGACCGACAGUUGGAAGCAGUUAGUGUAUUUAAAUCCAGUGGAUUUGAGAUGGCAUUUCUCGUUAAAACAUGAUUUGGAUCUGUAUCUUUUCAUGAUUACUAAAGGUGAUCAAAUGAUGAUCAAAUUUCCCUUAAUUGUAUGAUACAUGUAUUGAAGUUUGGGAGAAGAAACUGAAGACCUUAAUUUCUGGUGACGGUAGCCACGUUUUGUAGCAUUUUGUUUUGUUUUGAAAAAAUGUGUGAUGAAAUUAAGUUAUUUUUACUUUUCAUUCCUAAUAAAAGAUGAUUUCAAAAUGUAUUUAAAAGCCAAGAACCAAUAAAAUGAGCAUUGAAAAAGCUGACAGAUAAAUAUCUGACAAUAGACUGAACUAACUGGACCCAAGUCAGUUCAUCCCCAGUUACACGAAGGGUGAACUGUCAACUGUGUUAGAGCAUUGAUAUCUGUCUUUGCCAAGGCAUUCCAUUUAAAAGUGGCGUAGUAUGACUUUUUCCAUAACCAGUUUGUACAUCAAGUUUUAUUUCAAAGUGUCCAGGAAAGCAGGCCUUAAGAAACACAUACCAUUUCUGUAAACCAACUUACUAUCAUUCCAAAGCAUUACAACGAGGAACAAAGUUGGUCUAAAUGUCUAGAAAGAGGUCACAACAACAAGCAAUAUAGUGAUGGAAAUCGGUUGAGAACGUUUGCAUGUCAGUGGGAGAAACUGAGCCUUCACUGUAGCCAGCAGUUUAACCUUGAACCCAAGAGGUUAACACAGUCCCAACUUGCCAUGUAAACCUGAAACAGACGUUCUGAUGGAUACAACUGUGAUCAUCCUAUUUUCUGUGUGUUGCCAUACUGUGUCACUUAUGGCCUUAACAUUACUGCAGUCUGCUUUGUUUUCAGUUCAGGGCUUCUUUUUUUAAAGAGCCCCUUUUUGCAGUGUAAUUACACUUGUACGCAAAGAACCUGUGAGAAUACCCAACCACUUUUUUUCUGUGGGUGACUGGGCGUCCCCAUAGCGUUCUGAGCAUGUGUAGUUCAUUUCCUGACUGGCUCAUGACAUCCUGUGGUGUGUGCUGUGUCGUGGUCCACUUCCUGUGGCGACUAUGUGACUUCUUGUGGUUCCGUUCUCCAAUGCAUUCCCUCACAGAGGGACAGCGCUACUGAAGGUACUGUAAAGUAGCUCCGCAUUUUUUUGUAAUCUCAAUCUGUUUCAUGCAGUGAAAAUGUGCUAUUUUUGACUCUUUUUUUGUAUUAUGAACUUUCUACAUGAAUUUUUUGUACAGAUUCUUUCCUUUUUUACAAUAAAGAUUUGAAAUCUA